AUGAGCAUUGAAGCUGAAACUACAAUCCUUAGCAGAGUAGAUGGAUCUGCUACUGUCUCUGCUGGUGAAACCAGAGUGAUAACAUCCAUCUCGGGUCCUAUAGAACCAAAACCUAGACAAGAAUUACCAACAACAGCAGCAUUAGAAGUGAUUGUGAGAGCAGGUGUUGGUAUUUCAAAUACAAGAGAAAAACUAUUGGAGGAUAAGCUAAGAUCAAUAUUGACACAGGUCAUCAUAGGACAUUUAUAUCCAAGACAACUUAUCCAAAUAACGACACAAAUAUUAGAAGCCGGUGAAGAUGUUGAAUAUACUUCAAAAGAAUUAUCAGCUCUUGUGAAUUCUGCAUAUUUAGCAUUAAUUGAUGCAAACAUAGGAUUGAAUGUUUCAUUUGCUAGUGAACAUUUUGCAAUUUUAGAAAAUGGUGAAAUAAUCAUUAGUCCCUCAAAAGCCCAGUUGAAAACUUCUAAAAGUUCACAUGUUGUUGUUUAUGCCAUUAAAAAUGGUAAAUCAAGCAAUUUACUAUAUAGUGAUAGUAUUGGGACUUUUUCAGAAGAUGAAUUGUACAAAAUUUUAGCAUUAGCCAGUCAACAAAUUGAAAAAAUACAUCAAACAUUUAGAAAAACAAUCCAAUCCAAGAUUGAAAAAGAUUUUGUUUGGCAGAUAUAG